AUGUCGCGAGAAAAUGUGGCUGCAAAAUCUCUGAUCUGGAAUAAGAGAUUGGAAGUUGAGUGGAUUUAUGAUGAAAAACUUUACAUAGGCAUAAAAUUCUCCUAUUCGAGAAGAUUUUCUGAUAAACAUGUUCAUCAAUUUCAAAUAUUUGACCAUUCAAAUAGACAUCGCAUCAAGCACGUAUCAAUCUACGCAUAG